AUGUUGGAAUGCCGGGCAUGCGUUCAACGCUGCAUACGAGCACUUACUGGCGAUGAAGUGCUCUUGCGAAGACCGCUGCUUCUUACACCACACCUCGCCAACCAACAACGACGACGAAGAGUUGCUACGGCAGCUCCAAUACGAAUUGAUGAAUCGCAAGACGCGCUCUCCUCUCAUUUCGGGAAACCAAACUCCAAAUCGCCAAACAAGCUGAGCGUAGCUACGACUCCAAGAGGUAGCGAUGAUAAGGCGCUCAAAAAGGAGCUGGAAUGGUUGAAAGACCCGGUCAAACUCGCCGACCAUGUACACUACACUCUGCGCGACAAGAACGUGGAAAAGGCGAUCAACCUGUGCCGACUUGCGAGCAAGUCCAUGAGCUGCAUUGUUGCGUGGAAUAAUGUUAUCGACUGGCAUGUCAAGAACCAAAAAGUCAACGCAGCAAUUGACAUCUACAACGAGAUGAAGAAGCGUGGGCAAUUUCCUGACAGCUACACGUACAUGCUACUCUUUCGUGCGGUCCCCAUCGAGAAAUCACAUGAGUUAAAGGACUUCCACGGGCAGAUGGCGAACAAGGCAGUGGCAAUCUACAACAGCAUGAGCAGUCCCACCAGCAGGGUCAAGCCCAGCAUCAUGCAUACGAAUGCGGUUUUGCGAUUGUGCAGCUUGGCGAGGAAUAUGGACCUGCUGUGGUCUGUGGCUAGUCAGAUCCCCGAAUCAGGCCCUGGAAGUGCCGACCACAUCACCUACAACAUUCUGCUCGCAGCCAUCAGGUAUGGAGCGAUGGGACCAGGGACUGGGGAGCUGGUAUAUGUGGAGCAGGUUGCGGAGAACAGAAACCAGGCUGUCAAUGAGGGGCGGAGGAUAUGGCAAGAAGUUAUACCAAGGUGGCGGUCAGGAGAAGUCAUCAUCGAUGCCGCUCUGGUGAGAUCCAUGGCGAAGUUACUGACUUUCAGCAAACGUAUGGAAGACUGGGACGACGUCUUGAACCUGGUACAACAGACUACAAACAUACAACGUCUUAUACCGCCUCUUGGGUCACCUGAGCGUAACACAGAUCAUGUUCCCCUACCUGCAGAUGGAGAACAGGACGUGGAAGAGCAGACAUCUAAUUCCGAGGAUAGCGAAGGCUGGGUGCCCACGCCCGCGUCCAAUGCCUUCAAGCCUGUCCAAUUAUCCGCUGGCGAACGGACGGACGGGAAGAAGCGGCACAACAUCGCCUACGUCAAGCCAGAGAACGGCAUUCUUAAUGUCCUUCUCGAAGCAUGUACCAACAUGCGUGUCCCCAAAGCCGCUCAUGCCUAUUGGGAUCUCUUCACCAGAGAGCACGAUGUUCACCCAGACCUUGACAACUACGAGUGCUUGCUGCGCCUGCUUCGAAUCAACCGCAGUUCACGACGUGUAUCUCAGCUGAUGACAGAAAUGAAAGACGAAGGCAUCAAACCUACGCCUCGAACCUACCGCAUCGCCAUGGGAGCCUGCGCGCGCGACAGGAAUAACGCGAAUGUUGUCGAAAACAUGACGAUCAUUGUCGAUCAGAUGAUGAAGGCGACAAAACAGCCAGACCUUUACACACUAGACGAGUACCUGAACAUUGCAUUCUUGACGGACGAUCAGCCUGCGAUUACGAAGGCUCUAGACAAGGCGCAUGCAGUCAUGCAUCGUCUUCAACGUCAACUUCUUUCCAAGGGUCCGGAAGUGCCUCAGGGGUACAAAGAGCGGAUUGUGCAGUUCUACAGGCACAUGACUGGCUGUGUCGAUACUUUCUCCAAGAGGAAGGAUGUUCCAAAAGAAGAGCGGGAGAAAUGGCUCGAGCGACGGUCGGAGUACGAUUCACUCACGUCUGAGUACUGGAAGCAGGGACGGACUUCAAAACGAGAAGAUGUGAGGGCUGUAUCAAGCGACGACGCUCAGAUGAGAUCAAGAAGGCCACGGAGGAACGCAAGCGAUGGGCCAGGCCUGCAGAAGCAGAAGCGAGCAGGUGGCGGGAGCGACAGCUACAAGGAAGUGCGAGAGCAAAAGAGGGAUGUGAAGAUGGAGAAGCGACGGAUGAGACGAGCAUGA